AUUCAAUGCACCCGUUCUUGCUUUAUCUGCAGACUGCCCACUGUGCUGUUCUUCUUGUUCGCCAGGUUGCAUUCAUCGUGCUGAAUUUAUGACGAGUCUCUAGAAGGUUUGUGUCACUGGAUACCACGUGCACAGAUUUGAUUAUGCUACAUGCUGUCUAGAUUGUGUACAGAAAAGGAAGGAAGUUACUGAAGUGUUCCGUAUCCACGAUACCUCUAGUCAAAACAGCCCUUCAUAUUCUGCUCAUCAGUGACUUGCACGUCGACGAAGAGGGUUAACAGCUUAAUCGAAUACAAUGACAACCUACGAAAUUAAAGUAAAAACGGGGGACAGAGCUGGGGCAGGUACUGAUGCUAACACACAGAUAGUUCUGCUGGAUAAUUCUGGAAAGAAAACCAAACCUGCCACUUUGGAUAACUGGUUUAGAGAUGAUUUUGAACGAAAUCAAAUAGAUGUCUUCACAAUUAUUGAUGAAACAGACAUUCCCGAAGUGACCGAGAUCCAGUUGCGAAGAGACGAAGCAGGCUUGUACAGUGAUUGGUUUGUUGAAAAAGUGGAGGUGACCAACCAGAAAAGCGGAAAAACAUCCGUUUUCCCAAUUCUUCGGUGGAUUCGCCCUGGCGUUGAUACAUACUUUGGACGACACGACACAUUUUUACCUCAGUCUGAUCCACGACCGAAGCAGAGAAAUUCUGAACUCGAUGAGAAAAGGAAAUUGUACGAGUAUGAAGAGAAAAUUCCAAAUUUACCCGUACAGGUUAAGAAGGUCCCCGAUGAUGAAAUGUUUUCUGAUGGUGCAAAGUGGGAUCUGCUGAAAAGAAAAUACACCUUGAUUGCUGGCAAAGCAUUGGAGAUGGUAUUUGGCGACGGGUCGUGGGAAACCUUAGAUGAUUUGAAAGGUGUUUACUCCAAAUCAUUCGGAAUUCCAAAGGGGAUGGAGGACUGGGAAAGUGAUGUCAGCUUUGGAUGGCAACGACUAAACAGCGUCAAUCCCAAUCUCAUUCGUCUGUGCACAGAGAUACCAGAUAAAUUUGGAGUGACGGAAGAGAUGAUCAAGCCUUUUCUUGAGGGUUUGACGAUAUCUCAAGCCAUCACCGACAAACGUCUCUUUAUCAUCGAUCUCGAUAUCCUGGAAGGACUUUCUCUAGUCGAAGGUUAUAUUUGUCCUCUCCCUAUUGCAUUGUUCUUUGUGGAUGGUAAAGGGCAGUUGAUGCCAGUGGCUAUACAACUCUUCCAGCAGAAGGGACCUGACAACCCGGUUUUUCUUCCCAGUGACCCUCCGUAUACUUGGCUGAUUGCAAAAAUGUGGUACAACGUGGGCGACUCAAAUUACCACCAGGCCAUAACCCAUUUAGGUUACACUCAUCUCCUUAUGGAAGGUAUCUGCGUGGCAUCCAAUAGAUGUCUUUCUCCGUCACAUCCUAUGUUCAAACUGAUGGCGCCACAUUUCCUCUACAUUAUUGCAAUCAAUGACCGAGCCCUCAACUUUCUGGUGUCUCCUGGAGGUUGGAUCGAUAAAACUAUGGUGGUUGGAAGCAAAGGCGUUCUGGAACUCGCGAUAAAGGGAACGGGGUCAUGGAGACUGGAUGUGGAGGGAACGUAUCCUGAAUUCCUAAAGAAACGAGGGCUUUACCCUACGGAUGGAAAACUUCUGCCAACUUUUUACCAGCGUGACGACUCUUUGGAUUUGUAUGAAGCCAUUCGCAGCUACGUCACCAAAUAUGUCAAGCUCUACUACGAUACAGAUGAAAAGAUUACUAAUGAUCCUGAAAUUCAAAACUUUGGACGAGAAAUAACACUUGACAAGUCUAAAGGAGGCUGUGGAAUAUCGGGUGUUCCACUUACAAACGGAAAGUUCACCUCCGCUGACCAACUGAUUCUCGUCUUCACUUCCGUUAUAUUCAACAGCAGUGUGGUCCACGCAGCCGCUAACUUCCCUCAAUAUGACGAGUACGGAUUUCCUCCUAACUAUCCUACCAAAAUCAAAGGAAACCCACCAAAAGACAAGACACCAUUGCAAGAAGGAGAAAUUGUGAAAGCUUUGCUUGACAGAUCUACGACAUUGGACACGAUGAUCAUCACAACAAUUCUAAGUGCAAGGAGCACUAAUGCCCUCGGGGACUUUGAGGUGGAGUACGUGUAUGAUCCUGUAGCAGUUGCGCUAGUGGAAGAAUUUAGAAAAGAUUUGAAACGCAUUAGCGCCAAGAUUCGUAACAGAAACGAGAAGAUGAGCAGAAAGUAUGAAUAUCUUCUACCAGAGGAAGUUCCCAAUUCAAUCAGCAUUUAAUCUUAAGAGUAGGACUGUGUUGUACUUGACCUUAAAUCAUGGUCUUUGUUGAUUUGCUUGACGUGUAUAUUUGUUGAAGUAUUACUUAUACAAUAAACGUUUCAAAUGAUUUAAUCAAAGUAGUAGAUAUAUAACACCAGAUAAGGUUAUUUUAGUAGAAUGAUAAUGUCUGUGUUUUGUUUGCGAUGUACAUUUUAUGUGAGAGAAUCUGAUGAUUAAGAACUAUUGAUGAUAUAUGUAUAUGGUAUGUAGUCAAUUUAUUGCUGUUUAGAAAUGAAUCCUGAGCAUAUGGGACUCAAGUCAUGGUCUAUAGAGUUAGGUACAUCAGUUUCCUUGGAGUAACAUGCUACUAUUCCCAUUUGUUGUUAUUGGGUUGAAAUAUUAAACAAUUCUGCUUUCUAUAAA